AUAUGCACGCAAUCUAUUUAAUAUGUGCUCCUUAAUGCGAAUUGAACAAUAACUUUUUGAGGCUGGAGACUUAAAAUCUGGCGUGUUUAAACAAUACUAGAACAAACAAUAGACUACAGUUACCAGAAGACAUUGUGUUUAUCUCCUAACCCUCUCUGCACCCGCCUACUCAAUGUACAAUCCGCAUAAAUUAUUCCAAUUAUGCCCAGAUGGGCUUUCGCCCCGGAAACGAGAGCAGGUAGAAUAGAGACACAAAUAGCAACAGAGAUCGACCGAAACUUUGCUAUCGGCGGAGUUCUUUAAUUGACUGAUACUUCCAUAGAGAACUACCUUCCACAGGUGGGCAGGAUGGAUUUGACGCAAGAGUCAGUUCUAACAUUCUUGCUGAAUGAAGGUGGUCAAGUGAAAAACUCCGAGCUGCUUAACCAUUUUAAAAGUCUGUUCAAUGUUGGUAAUCCUGACGAAAGAAAGCAAAACCGGGAGUUGUUCAAGAGGUUUGUGAACAAUGUUGCCGUGGUGAAAGACGACGAGGGGGUAAAAUACGUUGUUGUCAGGAAAAAAUACCUGCCUUUUGUGAAAGAAGUUUCGGAAGUACCUGCACAACACUCCGAUCUGAGUGGGAGUUCAGAAUUCUUAAGCAACUUGUCAUCUGAUAUAGGUGGCGACCAAAGCCGUGAAGGUGAAGCAGGUAAGAUCUUUCGUUCUGACCUUCAUAACAAUAACCUGGCCGCUUUUCCAAACUCUGCUGACAGUGUGUUAGGCGAAAAAUCAAAUGACAAUGCUUUCAAUGCAAACACGUCGGCGACAUUAAUAGGGAGAAGAAGCUCAGAUACCGAGAAUAUUGGAGUUAUUGAUGUGGAAGAAGGGAAACCACUAUGCACCACUCAAGCGGUGUCAGCAGAAGAGACUGUAGAAUUCAAAGAACGUACUGUUCCUGGAGACCUGAAGCGCUUAGUUGACAAAAAGGGCAACGCUUCCAUUUUUGCUGUUGUGGCAGUGCCUGAUAUCCCAACCUCUCAGUCUCAACCAAGCCAUACCUGUGAUAAUAAAGUUGAAUCAAUGCUAUUAAAGUACAACCAAGAUGUGACAUAUAAUAAAGGAGCCACAGCGCAAGGUGCCCAAAGGACUGCUCAGAAGCCCUACAUGCUCCCGUUGAGAUGCCCUCCAUCUGAGGUGGAUUUUAAAAAGCAAGUGGAAGAGCAGGUUAUUUUACUACCGAAAGAAGACAAGAAGGCCCUUGUGAAGCUCCAAGCAGAGCGUGAUGCUUACAUGUCUCCCCGAAUAAAAAGAAGACAGAUCGAGGAAGCAACCAGUGCUAGCUCUCCUCAUUUGAAAAGGAUAUCCAAGACUCUGAAACAAGGUGAGGAACCCAGAUACUCUGAUAUGGUCCCUCUGGACUCUGUAGAGCAUGAGUGGCUGGUGAAAGCUGCAGCAGGACAUUGGAACCAGAUUUAUGGUCUUCUUCUAAGGGAUACGAACUUGGCUGAAAAGAAGGACUUCAUGUCUGGGUUCACAGCUCUCCAUUGGGCAGCCAAAAGUGGAAACAUUGACAUGGUGACUAAAAUCAUUGACGUCUCCAGCAGAAGGAAUACCAAGUUGGAUGUAAACUCUAAAACCUAUGGGGGCUACACACCAUUGCAUAUUGCUGCUUUACAUGGCCACGAAGAUGUCCUUUCCAUGCUAGUCUUGGACUAUCAGGCAAAAAGCAACAUAAGGGACUACAGUGGCAAGAAGCCGUACCAUUAUUUAAGUAAGGGGGCAUCAUUUCAGGUGAGGCAGCUCCUGGGAGACCCUCAGACACUCCAGCAGCAAAGUGCCCCCCUAAAGAAGCCCACAAAGGUGUCUCAUUCCAUUCUGAGCUCCACUAACUCUUUCCUGGGAGUUCUCAGUGAAGAUGGCCACGUCCCUGAAUUUCCUAAAGGCUUCAAGCCGCCCUCUUUAAGUAAGCUCUUCAAUCCUCCCACAGUGACCAAAAAGAAAAGCAAGCCCAGGUCAAACUUUGCUUCUGUAAGCGAAGAACACGAUGAUGAGAAAGAAGACAUUGUCAAACGCAGACCCAUUUCUGAGUUCUUUCUCUGAGUUUAGGGUUAAGGAAGGCAGCUGUUUAUUUGCUGAAUUCUUAAUGAGGAAUUUUAUAUUGGUAACAGACUGUAGCUACAUCAUCAAAUCAGGUCACCUGGAGUCCAUUUACUGGGAUGAAACUGGAGAUAUCAUACGUUUUAUAUGUAGUCUUGGGGCGAUUUUAAUAGCAUUUAAGGUUAAGUGCAGCUUAUAUGUUAUAAUACUGUAUUAUCAUGAAUUGAAUGGCUAGUAAUUGUAUUUUCUACCUACUAGCCUGUGGAAGACCCAUCUUUAGCUCUCUUGGUGGGUUUUUGCUCCAAGACCAGCAGCUUGUGGAUUUAACUGCAUUCCACAGGUUUUUGACUAUUGAAUAGCUAUUAGUUAGUUGAAUUUAGGCACCCUGAAGUUCUGUUUCUUACUAUGUAAAAUGGUGAGAUGGUUGUGGGGAAAAUGCACGUGUAAAUGAAUAAUGGAUGUUCUAAUGAACUGUUUUUGCAUUGUCUUUAUUUUGUAUAUUCAGUAUUUCUAGUGUUGAUGUCACCAGGGUUCUCUGCUGAGUUUGUCACAGUGGUUAGAUGAAUGCUGUGUGUAAUAUGUUUACAUCUAACACCUACAAGGAGCUUUACAUAGGCAUUCUGAGAUUUUAACCCAAGCCUACUUCUGUGUAAGAUAAAUGAGAAAGAUUUGUUUUAUUAUUCAUGUUCAAAAUAUAACUCAGAUGCACUUUCUGUCAGCACCGAAUGAUGCAAGUGCUGUACAGCAGUGUGCCUCAUUUGAGGAAAAUGGAAACUUUUUGUUUUUGAAGCACACAUUUGCAGCAUUGCCUGUUUGCAGAUGCAGACAUGUCCGUUACUGAAACUUUUAAAUGCUGCUUUCCACACAAAAACGCUUGAAUCUGGGUUUUUUGGUUUAGUUUUUUUAAUGCAUUUAAUGGUACAGUUGGUUGCAAGUUGCACAUCUGUGAGAAUUUAAACCUUAUGUAGUGCUUUUAUAGGGAAUGUGAUUCAUGAGCUGCUCAGUAGUGGAAACUGUUCUUGUUAGCAUGUUGGUGAUAAAAUUGUUAGAACAUGCAGAGGCACGUCGUUCUACAUUAGGCUGGGUACUCCAGAACUUCUGUUAAGCUGAAUUCUUGUCUGAUUUAUGUAUGGAUAUGUAACACAGGAAAUAAUAAUGUUUGGGGAUUGGGUUGUGGCUAACACUUACUAUUUGUAUAUGAAAAUGGAGCCAACUGAAAUAGAUUUGAAUCUCUGUAUGUCUACCUCCUAGAAUCAAUAAUAAAAAUGUAUCUACAUAGCA